GCAGAAAGACUGAGAUUAAAAAAAAACUGGUUAUGCUUAUUCUAAUAUCAUGUGCAAUCAAAGUGUGGUGUGAAAUUUGACAAAUAUGUUUUAUUUUACAGUAUAAAUUUAAGAAUAAUAAAGUAACAAAUAGUAAAUUAGAAAUUAUAACCAUGCUCAGAAGGCAAGCUAGAUUAAGACGAGAAUUUCUGUAUGGUAAAUCAAAAGAACACAAGCAAGCAGCUAUUUUAGAAAAGAAGAAACAAGUCAAAAUAUCUUUAGAGGAAAAUAAAUUAUUGCCUACAACAGUAAGAGAUGAAGCUCUUAAGUUCCAAGACUCUCUAGAGUGGGAAGACAAUACAGAAAAUUUUACCACUCAUGAAGAUAAUGAGUAUCGAUGGGCUGGUGUGGAAGAUCCAAAAAUUGUCAUCACCACAAGUCAUGACCCAAGUGUGAAACUAAAGCAAUUUGCAAAAGAACUAAGACUUGUCUUUCCUAAUGCUCAGCGAAUGAACAGAGGAAAUUAUGACUUGAAACAUUUGAUUGAUGCCUGUAGAGCAAAUGAUGUAACAGAUUUUAUUAUUAUCCACGAAACUAGAGGCAAACCAGACAGUCUUAUCAUCAGUCACCUACCACAUGGACCAACUGCACGUUUUACAAUAGUUAAUACAAUUAUGCGGCAUGAUAUAGAAAAUGUGGGAACUAUGCCUCAGGAAUAUCCUCAUCUUGUGUUUCAUAAUUUUAAAACAAAACUUGGUCAAAGGGUUGUGAAUAUUUUGAAACAUUUAUUUCCUGUACCCAAAGAGGAAAGUAAACGAGUUGUGUCAUUUCUUAAUCAUGACGAUUUCAUAAUAUUCAGACAUCACCAGUAUUAUAAAGAAGACAACAAAGUCCAAAUUCGUGAAUUAGGACCACGUUUUGAAUUAAAAUUGUACGAAAUUAAACUGGGCACAUUGGAUCAAGAUGCAGUAGCUGAUACAGAAUGGUCUUUACGUCCAUAUACAAAUACAGCAAGAAAACAGCGAUUCAUUAGUAAAGAUCCUAUGUAACAUGCAUUUAAAUAGAAAAUUGUAUAUAUUAACAAAAAGGUAUUUGUUAUAAAUAAAUGUUUUAAAAAAUCAUGUCUGAAGUGAAA